AUCAGUUUCUCUUAAGAAAUUGUAAAUAUAAUUUAGAGGAAGCUCAACAAAAACUGGAUAAUUAUUAUAGUUAUAUAGAAAAAAUCCCGAGAUUUUAAGAAGACCUGAUAUAACAGAAGAAAGAUUUCGGAAAUUAUUAAAAUGCGGUGUGGUAGUGUACUUACCGCAACCUUUAAAUGAAGUGGGUCCACGCGUUUUACUGGUGCGCAAUGGGGCCUUUGAUCCCCGGGAAUUUACCUUUAGCGAGGUAUCACAAUUCCGUCAAUUACUGCAAGAUAUUCUUUUCUUAGAGGAUGAUGUAGCUGUUGUUUCCGGCAUAAUUUAUAUUAUGGAUUUUGGUGAUGUGACUGCUACCCACUAUCUACAAGUUAGUCCCGCGGCCGUAAGAAAAAUUUCACAAUACACUGAGGAAUGUGUUCCUCUAAAUCUUAAAGCUAAUCAUUUUAUAAAUACGGCCACUGGAUUUGCUCCUUUGUAUAAUUUGGCUAAAACGUUUAUGCCUGCAAAGACACAAAAUAAAAUGUUUGUUCAUGGUUCAGAUCUCGAGCAGUUAUACAAAUCAAUACCCCGAGAGAUAUUGCCUUUGGAAUAUGGUGGUGAAGCUGGCAGUUUACAAGAUUUAAUAGAUCAAUGGGAACAGAAGGUGCUUUCUUAUGUGAAGUAUUUCAAAGAUAACGACAAAUAUGGUGUGGAUGAAAGCUUACGUGUUAAGAAUUCGGAUGGUGCCACUAGAUCCAAAUUUUUAGGAAUAUUUUAAUCAACUAAGUUUAGUGGCAACAGUUUCCUGAGAAAAGCUUUGAGGAAAAAAGUUUUUGCGAGAAAUUUUUUUACAUUGGUUAUUUAUAGAAAGCUUUUGCAAGUCAAAAACUUUCCAUAUAAAACAUCUGAAGAAUUCAUUAACAACACAAUAGUUUUUUUAAGGAAUGUUCUGACUAGACAAUAAUUUUUUUAUAGAAAGCUUUUACGAAUCAAAAGUUUUCUCUGGAAAACAUUGACGUUAAAUUUUUUAUAGAAAGCUGUGGCAAGUUAACAGUACUUUAUAUAAAUUUGUGGAAAAAUAAUCGUUUUAUACAUAAAGCUUUAGAAGUCAAUAGUUUUCUAUAGAAAACUUUGGCAAGACAACAGUUGUUUAUAGAAAGCUUUUGAAAGACAACAAUAUUCUAUAGAAAACUUUUGCGAGCAAUAGUUUUUUAAUAGAAAACGAGACAAUAGAUUUCUUUAGAAAGCUUUUGCGAGUGAACACUUUUCUAUAGGAAGAUUUGACAAGACAACUGCUUUUCAAAGAAAGCUUUUGUGAGCAACAGAAAACUUUGAGACAACAGAUUUAUAAAUAAAGCUUUGGCGAGUAUAGUUCCUUAAAGAAAGCUUUAAUAGGUCAAACAUUUUCUAAAGAAAGCUUUUAAAAAAAUACUGAAAUAAAUAGCAGCUAAUAGAGAGCUUUUGGGAGACAACUAACAGCUUUCCUUAGGCAUAACAUUCCCUUUUUCUAUAGACAUAGGUUUCUUGCUAGAAAACUUUUGCGAG